CCCCCCCCCCCCCCCCCCCCCCCCCCCCCCCCCCCCCCCCCCCCCCCCCCCCCCCCCCCCCCCCCCCCCCCCCACGCCAGAAUAACGCGGGAUGUAUUUGCUAAAGCUGGGCAAAAGCUCUUAGGAAAUGGACUUGCUUAUUAUCGAUUUUCCAAUCCUUUGGGACUGGUCCCAACACUGAAAACACCAGAUAACGGCCUCGCAGAAACUGCAGAACAGAAAGUUGAAGUAUUCCAGAAGGCUUUCUUUCUCUACCCACCUCCCGCAGACCUUUCCGAUAUCCCUGCGACCUCCCUACCUCAGCAACUUGACUUCCCGGAUCUUGCUGAACACGAGGUGCUACGCUGCAUCCGAAAGGCGCCUCCUGACAAGGCUCCCGGGCCCGACGGUAUCUCUAAUAAGGUUUGGCACUGGCUAGGUGAGGUUCCCUCCUUCGUGAAGGCGCUCACGGAUAUCUUUAAUGCCUGUAUCCGGCUCGGGCAUAACCCCGGAUACUUUCAGCAAUCUAUAACGGUUGUCUUCCCUAGGGCCGAAACCAGAAGUUACCUGAGCCGUAUCAUUUCUACCCCCACGGGAAUCCCUCAGGGGUUUCCUAUCUCCCCGAUCCUUUUCCUUCUCUUUAAUACGCCUCUUAUUCGGGCACUAGAAAUCAAUACCGUUGAGAGUAUGCGCAUCCAGCCACCGAUCUCGGGUAGAACCCUGGCAUUCGGCUGGAUUGACGAUGCCUGUACGAUCGCUCUCUCCGGGUCUUACGCAGCUAAUCAGCGUCUGCUGGAGUGGGCACUCGAUAAGGCUGCUGUAUGGUCCGGGCAGCAUUCGUCUAGGUUCGCGCCGGAUAAGUUCGAACUGAUACAUUUCCGGAACCCGCUGGAUCCCGAUCCCGGGGCCGAGAGAGACACCCCCUGUGAUUACACGGAACCAUGGAAUGGACAGGACCUUACCAACGCUAACCGGGAGGACGGGAGCGCCUGGGAGGUUCCUGUUGAAUCCCUGGGGCACGACCAGCUGCCAAUAAAGGAUCACGUAACGGGCCACGUCAUUCGGCCAGUGAAAUACGCUAAAUACCUCGGAAUCUGGCUCGAUAAGACUCUCUCCUUUACUACCCACUGCGCUAAGGCGGUAGCGAAGGCGAACGGAAGCCUCGAAGCCCUACGGAGCAUCUCUGCGUCUACAUGGGCUUUAGGGGCAGAGCUAUUUCUGCCUCCGGUCCGCCUGUACAUGCAACAGAUGAUUGAGGAGACCGCAAUCCGGAUACAGACCGGACCAGUUAUGGCCUGUCCCCGGGGAUUAGUCAAGAAGAGGAGCUCGGCAGAGAUAAAACGGUCAGGGUGGUCCCCUAUAGAGGCGCUGAGGUGGAGGAAAGGGGGCCCCCUAUGGACCAGAGGCCGAAGUUUAACUACGUGGGAGUCCCGAAAGGCACACGUACUCGCCCCGUGGGAACUCCCACUGAACUGCGUGAUCGAGGGAGCGGAUAGCGCAGUCCAGGAACACGACAGGAUCUGCCAGGAAAACCGGAGGCAGAUCUGGUACUCUAACGGUAGCGGCUUUAACGGCCACGUAAAGGGCGCUACAGUCUCGAUUCGGGCCGGGAAGGUCCGCAAGAAAUACCUAGGAGCCGCGGCUGACUCCACUGUCCAGGCGGCCAUUCAAGCCGUGCAGAACCCCGGCCGACCAUCAGGCCAGUACGUACUACGGGCUAUCUACGAGAGGAUCAGGACCCUGAGAGGCAGCGGCCUGCAGCAGGAAGAUAUAGAGCUGCGCUGGAUCCCUGCGCAUAUCGGUAUAGAAGGGAAUGAACGAGCUGAUGAGGCAGCCAAGCGGGCCGCGAUAAAGGGGAUUAAAUUAAGCUCAGCAGGGCCGCGGGAGCUGGCCGCUCGGCCAAUUACUAGGCUUGCAGCUGCAGCCAAAACUGACCCGAAUAAGAAGGUCUUAAGGAUAUACGAGGGCCUGAGCAAGCCCCAGACCUCUAUAAUUAUCCAGAUGCGCACUAUGAGGAUCGGACUGAGGCAUUUCCUCUUCGAGAUAAAGCAGGUCGACUCCGACCGCUGCGGGUAUGAAUUAGGCUCUCAAACGCCUAAAUAUGUCCUUAUGGAAUGCUCGCUGCACCUCGCCAGUCAGAGAAUAGUGAUGGAACGCCUCGACUCUAUCGAGGGACUGCGUAGGCAUAUACAGGACUACGACGCAGUCAUGAACCACCCGCAGGCGAUACGUUACGUCGCCGAUUUCGUGCAAUGA